AUGAAUUUACUGAGGAAGCGUAUUUUUUCUAAAUAUGAUCAGUCAGAAGAUACCCUUGAAGUUGCUUAUGUGGUUGACUCUGUGCAAGAUAUUACAACUUUGAAUUUCAGUGAAAAUUGUGCAGAAAAAUUGUGCUCAAAGUCGAAGGGCUUUAGUACAAGGAAGACUAAGACUUUCAAGAAUAGUAUUAGUGAGAUUUACAAACAAAAGUUUGUAUGUCAUAGGCAAGGAUUCAGUUAUGAGAAAUAUUACAUGAUGAAAAAAAGGAAGAAAGAGCCUAGAUUAGAAACAAGAAUUGGGUGUGAAGCCCAAAUGGAUGUUAAAUUUGUACCAGAAACUGGAAGGUGCCAUAUCUUUUAUUUCUCUGACAAACACAACUAUGAUCUAUUGGAUACACAAUUCAGUGCUAUGUUGCCUGCCCAUAGAAAAAUGUUAGAGGCAGAUAUUAUGCAAAUGAUGAACAUGCUAAAGUAUGGGAUUAGCACUUCACAGAUAUUUGGUCUUCUAGCAAGUCAAGUAGGCGGGUAUGAAUUUGUUGGCUAUGGUCUCAGAGAUAUGUAUAAUGAGAUUGCUCGACAAAGGCGUCAAAUUCCUGGUGAUGCAGCAUGA